AUGACCGCCGAGAGCCGGCUGUCGCCGGGCCCCCCGCCGCCGCCCCCGCCGCUGAAGGCGGAUGCGGCGCCGCCGGGGGAAGCGGCGGCGGCGGCGGCGGCGGGGGCGCGGGGCGGGCAGCGGCGGCGGCGCAAGAGGCCGGCGGAGCGGGGCAAGCCGCCCUACAGCUACAUCGCCCUCAUCGCCAUGGCCAUCGGGCAGGCGCCCGAGCGGAGGCUGACGCUGGGAGGCAUCUACCGCUUCAUCACCGAGCGCUUCCCCUUCUACCGCGACAGCCCCCGCAAGUGGCAGAACAGCAUCCGCCACAACCUCACCCUCAACGACUGCUUCGUCAAGGUGCCGCGGGAGCCCGGCCGCCCCGGCAAGGGCAAUUACUGGACGCUGGACCCCCACGCCCGCGACAUGUUCGAGAGCGGCUCCUUCCUCCGGCGUAGGAAGCGCUUCAAGCGCAGCGACCUCUCCACCUACCCGGCCUUCCUCGCCGAGCGCCCCGGCGCGCCCUGCCGCCUCUUCCCGCUGCCCGCCCCGCCGCCCGCCGCCGACCUGCCCCCGGCCCCCGCCGCCGCCGCCGCCGCCUCCUGCGCCUUUGCCGCCGCCGCCGCCUUCCCCGCGCAGGGAUGCGCCGCCGCGCUGCCCCACGCCUACGCCCCUCUGCCCGCCGCCCCCGGUCCCUACGCGACGGGCGGCCCCGGGCAGCUGUACGCGCCGUCGGGCCGCAUCGUGCUGCCCGCCUCGCCGCCCGCCCCCGCCGGGCUCUACGGCCGCCGCUCCCCGGCGCCCUACCCGCCGCUGCCCCACGCGUACGGCGCCGGGGGGCAGCUGGGCGCCGCCGACCCCGGGCCGCGGCACGGCGCCUACCCCGGCGGCACCGACAGGUUCGUCCCGGCGCUCUGACCCUGCUCGCCACAGGCUGGGCGGCCCGACGGCGCGGACCGGAGCCCGGGAGAGCGGCGGGCUGCGGGGCUCGCCCGGCGCCGCUGGACCCGGGGCACCCCAGGGAGAAGCCGCAGGACCUUGCCCUGCCGCCUCCGCGUCCAGCCACCAGCCCGGCCAGGAGCGCCGCCGCCAGCCGUCGGGGCCCGGGGGGUCCUGCUCAGUCCCCGUCUGCUCUCGCCCAAAGAGCCCUCAGGGCUCCCAGCCCUGUCGGUCGUCUUUUACUGCCUUUCCUGGGGCAGAUUCCUAACGCUUCCUGCCAGAAUCCCACCUUCCCGGCACACGCAACUGGGGGCCCCUGGCCUAUCCGGGAAGAUCUCACUUCUAGAAACCUCUCUGCUGUUGAUCAUUUUAUUUACAAAACAAAAUGUCUACUGGGGUGGGGGGAGGAGGGAGGCAGGAGGAAGCGUUCCUUGGCCUCGUGCAGCCAAAGCCGUAAAAGCGGGAUGCGUGGCGCCAUCGUGGUGGCGGGUCCCUGAUGUUGCGCUGGGCUGUCGCAUUAGUGCCAGGCUUCGCACCAACAAUGUGGCCGGUUCUGGGGAAAGUUUGGAUGCUGGGGUUGCAGCCAAACACGGCAAGUCAGAUCCUCCGGGGGGUCACCACGCUUUGUGCUGCAGGGGUGGAAGAGUGGUGGGACUGGAAGUAUAAAAACUUUUACCAUCAGCACGCUCAGCCCUUAGAAGAGGGACCUAGUGAGGCUGUGGGAUCUCUUCCCUUGGAGGUCUUCCUGACUUGACUGGACAGAGCCUGAGUGACCUGAUCUGUCUUUGGAGUUGAAUCCAACAUUGAAUUUGGACCUGCUUUAAGUGGAGACCUGGUCCAGAGGUCUGUGGAGGUCCUUACAUCCUAAAUUACUUUGAUCCUAAGGUCAGCCCAAGUCUGUCUGUAGCCUAGAGAAAUCAGCAUCUAUCUGGGAAAACUUUCCUUCCUGAAACAAGUGAGAGAGGCAGGACAUGGUGCCUUUUCUUCUUCGAUUGCUCCCCUUUAAAGCUUUCCCAGGAUGGCGAUAAGGCUAGAGGAAAAUAUGAAGAGGGGACAAUUGGUAGGAAUGGCUGUAAGAGGCGAAGGCUUGAAAAUAGAUCCACUGGGAAACUCAAGCAAGUCCCUCCCAACAGAUUCCACCGUCCCUGGAAGGGGCCCAGAGAGGUGGUAGAUGCCCAGGGCUCUGUCUGGGGCGGUGGGUGGGUAGGGAGCAGACACAGUCCUGCUACUGUCCAGAUCUCCUUACCCAGCUCCUUUUUCCUGUGGAGGUGGGAGUCUGUGUGACCAGGGCCAGGAGGAGGUUGGUGAGGGGUACUGCAUCGUGGUGGGGUCUUGAAUGAGGAGAGGUAGGUGGAAAGUGCAGCCAGAGCCUCAGCAGGAGCUUUGGGAGAAAAGGGCGAGUGCACAUACACCAGGGUCUCUCUCACCAGGAAAGGGUACAGAUGGCAACGUAACUCAGACUGGAAGAGACCUUGUGAAGUCUCUCUUCUGACCUUGUGCUCAAAGCAGGGUCAGCUGUGAAUCAGACCAGGUUGCUCAGGCCUGUCUCAUUGAGUCCUGACAACCUCCGAGGAAGGAGACAGCGCAGUCUCUUUGGGCAACUUGACUGUCCUCAUGGGGGAGAUGUUUCUCCUUGUAUCCAUUCAGCACUUCUCUAGUCUCAUUUCAUGUCUACUGAUUCUUGUCCUGCUGCUAUGCACUGCUCCAAAGAGCUCUGAUCCCAUGAAGACAUCUGUACCUCCUCCUCCGUGAAGGAUUUUUCAGAUGAAGUCCUCAACAGGAUGAAAUCUCUGUAGAGGCAGGUUCGUUGCCUUCUCUGGGUGCUAAGGUCCAGGUGUGUAAGUGGGACAUGAGAGGGAGGAAAUGGAGUGGAGCAGGAAGGUGGUUGGGUGUUUCCACAGCACAGCGUGGGGUGGAGGAAGCUAAAGCCCUCUGCAGUAGGUGGGCAGGAGAAGUUGUAUGUCUGCCUUCCCUUCUGUGGGGCUCGGAGGUAGGAGAUGAGUGGUGAUUCAAGGCUCCCAUCCCUCCCUCAGAGCGGUGAGGAUGGCAGGUGGUGGGUGAGCCGCUUCACGGGCUGAGAGGCUGGGGCUGGCAUGGUACUGCUGCCCCUUGUCCAUCUGGACCUUUUUGUGAUACUGCAGGAAACUCUGCUGCCUGUACACGGAGCUGGGGAGGUUGUGUUGCCGUCAGUGGGGGGCACAGGCUGCGAAUGUAGGCAUCGUUCAAACCUUUGGUGUUGUGAGGUGAAUCAGGUAUUUCCCUUCCUUGCUUUUCCUCCUGAAGAGCUGUGUUGUUUCUUCUGACGUCUUUCCUGGUCCUGGUGCAUCCAGAAGCUGCUUCCAUCCUGGAGAAAGCAGAGUCCUGCCUCUGGGGCAGGUGUCCUCAGCAACUGGCCUAGCUCCUCUCCCAGUUUCUCCGAAUUUCUCCCUUCACCUUCUUUGGAAGAAAAGCUGUACACCUGGAUGUGCCAGAUCUUACUUUUUUUGACAGCUGCCUGCUGGCUCUCUGCUUUCAUCACUUGCAAGGACUGGACUGCUUCCCUUUGCUAGCAAGUCGUGCUGACCUCUUUCUGGUUUGAGGGGUAGCCGGGAGAGGAAUUGUCCUGCCUCUUAAUGGCUGCCUUCCUUCCUGUAGGACCGGUUAUCAAUGUGGACCAGACCGUUUCCCUGAGCCUAGAGGUCUUCUGGCCCUUGUUUCCCAUUACUUCAAUCUGGUUUUAUUCUCUGCUCCAACCCUGGUGCUAGUCUAAUGUUCAGCCUAAAAAAAAGAAAAAAAAAAAGUAAAAAGUCACCAGUGCUGA